AGAAUCGAGUAUUCAACUAAGCCGUCAAAUAUAUGGUUUUAUUCAUCGUUUCUUCAUUCUAAAUCUUGCUUCUUGUGCAGGGUACGGCCGAAUCAGGGAAGAGGAUGAAGACAGCGAUGACGAUGGUUCAGAUGAUGAAAUCGAUGAAUCACUGGCGGCGCAGUUCCUGAACUCGGGCAGUGUGCGUCACAGACUACAGUUCUACAUCGGUGACCACCUGCUGCCGUACAACAUGACGGUGUACCAGGCCGUGAGGCAGUACAGUCUGCAGGCGGAGGAGGAGCGAGAGUCGACGGACGACGAGGCAAACCCACUCGGGCGAGCUGGCAUUUGGACCAAAACGCACACAAUAUGGUAUAAGCCUGUGAGAGAGGACGAGGACGGCAGCAAAGACGCUGUGGGUGGGAAGCGGGGCCGAGCCCAGACUGCUCCCACCAAGACGUCCCCUCGCAACGCCAAGAAGCAGGAUGAGCUGUGGCAUGACGGCGUGUGUCCCAGUGUCGUCAAUCCCUUAGAGACAUACCUCACUUCGGAGCCACCGGAGAACAUUACCUUCGAAGACCCCUCUUUGGAGGUCAACCUGCUGCUGAGGGUCCUGCACUCAAUCAGUAGAUUCUGGUUCUACUUAUAUGAAAAUGCUGUGUGUAAGGAAAUCAUCGCGACCAGUGAGUUCAUUAACAGUAAGCUGACAGCCAAAGCUAACCGACAGCUUCAGGACCCGCUGGUCAUCAUGACGGGGAACAUCCCCACCUGGCUCAUCGAGCUCGGAAAGACCUGUCCUUUCUUCUUCCCCUUCGACACCCGGCAGAUGUUGUUCUACGUCACUGCCUUCGAUCGGGACAGAGCCAUGCAGCGUCUACUGGACACAAACCCUGAGAUCAACCAAUCAGAUUCUCAGGACAGCAGGGUGGCCCCACGUCUUGACAGGAAGAAGAGGACGAUAAACCGCGACGAGCUGCUAAAGCAGGCUGAGUCUGUGAUGCAGGACCUGGGUAGCUCCAGGGCCAUGCUGGAGAUCCAGUAUGAGAACGAGGUACAGAUCAUCUCAGUUACUUUCAAACACUGGUUUUAA